CCCGAAAGGCGACGCAUCUCAUACGGGGAAUUACGUCCUGUCCGGGAGGGGAGACGGCGCUCUGGAGGCGCAACACCGGCGACGCGUGUUGUUUUGGUUUGAUUGCUUUUCUCACACACGACGGCUGGACUUCCCGAAACCGUGUCUCGCCCGCUGCGUCUGGUCACCCGCUUUUAGCGAGACAGUGUUGGUCUGUGUUUGUGUCCGUACGCAGGUCGCUUGUAUUGUUUGAACCAUCAUUUUGGUAUGCGUUUGAGCCAGUCGGGUUUUCUGCGGUUUUUGGUGGAUUUACCACAGCAGCAGCAGCAGCAGCAGAGUAGCACGUGGACGAAUGGGAAGGGAAAUCAGGCUCGGGCCAGCCUUUGUACCGUUCCAGUCCGACCGAAGCCGUCAGAUCGUUUGCGAUCGCGAACGCGUGUGCGCGAUCGUUUCUCACCUGUGAACCAAUCCCCCAGAACGGUAACGAGGGGUAGUUUACCGAAUUGUGCUUUAAAGUUUUCGAAUAAUUAGUGAAUACGCACCAAAGCGAUCGAGUGUUCAAAAAAACGUGAAUUUCGAUUUAAUUUGUAUAAUAUCGCAAAAAAAAACAACGAUCGAAAUGAUUGAAAUUCAAACUCCCCGCUCAAUGGGGCCCGUUCGGUGGGCGAUCGUUCUGCUGUUGGUGGUGUUGCACGCGAUUGCGCUAGACGCCAAAUCACAACCGUCGAAACAGUUGCGCGUUUGCAUCGUGGAGGGAAGCGGCAAUUACAAGAAGGGAGCACAAAACUGUCCAACGCUAGAGAAAACCUCCAAUAUACGGUGCGUGUACGGGCUGGAUCGGCUAGACUGCUUGCGCAAGAUACACAAGGGAGCGGCCGACUUUGCCGCCUUCUACCCGGAAGACUUUCUUGCGGCACGUUGGGCAGGGGUGGACAUACUGGUUACCAGCGAGUUACGGUUUCACACCGAACACUUCGACUACGAGAUCGUGGUAGUGGUUGAUAAUGAGGCGGAGAUCAAUACGGCCCGAGAGCUGCGGGGAAGCAAAUUCUGUCAUCCUGGACAUGGUUUGAAGAAUCACUGGACGGGCGUACUGGCAGAUUACUUCGAAACGAGACUAAUACCGCGCGAAUGUGAGGAAGAUCUGUCACCGGUAGAAUCGAGACUGAAGGCGGUUUCCUCAUUCUUUGGACCUUCUUGUCGGGCUGGUCCAUGGGUACCGGAUCCGGCCGAGGAUCUUCGCUUAAAGAAAAAGUAUCCAUCCCUGUGCCAGCUGUGCUACAACUCCUAUCAGUGUGCGAUUGGUGACAAACAUUGGGGCAGACGUGGUCCACUUUAUUGUUUGACAAGCGGUGCCGGCGAGGUGGCCUGGGCAAGGCUAGACGAUGUACGCAGUCACUUUGGAUUUUCCGGCCUGGUGGCCGAAGCACACCCGACGGAGUACAGUUUCCUCUGCCCGGAUGGACAUCUGCAACCACUCAACACAAGGAAACCUUGCAUUUGGGUCGCUAGACCAUGGCCAGCGGUGGCCGCUAAAUCGAAAGUGGCAAUGGAGGUACAGGAUUUGGUAUCCAAUCUAACACACGACGACGUCAAUAGCUGGCAGAAUGCGUUGCUUAUGUUGCUGGAAACGUAUCACGUCAAUAUAACGACCCUAGACACCGUCAUUCCGGUGGAUGAUUAUCUGGAUCAGGCGGUCGGAUUUCAGAAUGCGUACAACAAUCCCGGAUGCAACCCGAGCCGCUCGAUAGUGUUCUGCACCAAGUCACUACUGGAGCUGUACAAGUGUUCCUGGCUACAGGAAGUUGCCAGUGUGUACGGUAUCGAACCAGGGUUUCAGUGCAUCCGGACGGAUAGCUUGGAUCAGUGCAUGGCCAAGGUACGGUCCAAUGAUGCAGAUUUAGUGAUAGUUGAUCAGGAUAACGCGAUGCGGGCACAGCGGGACUAUGGUUUACGUUCGAUACUGCACGAAUACUCAUCGAACGUACUGCAUAAGUAUCUAAUCGUGGCGGUUGUGGCGCGUGAUUCAGGCCUACAUUCGGGAUAUGAUCUUCGAACUCGCCGAGCUUGUUUCCCGCAGUAUGAAGGUGCUGCGCAAAUCGCAGUAAUGACCGCACUGCAAAACCAUUCCAUCGGUAAAACGCGUAAAUUUUUCGACGGAAGUUCCUGCAACUGGCAGAGUAACAGCCGUUGUUCGUCGAUGUACGAUGGAGAUGAGGGAGCCAUGCGUUGCCUGCAGGAUGGUAUUGCAGACGUUGCUUUCGUCAACUACGAAACGUUCAAAACGUUCAAAAAUGCAGCACAUGGUAAGCAGCAGCAAAACUGGACCAUAUUCUGUCCCUUCACCAAACCGGUCAAACACAAUGGCCUGUGCUACUUUGGCUGGACAUCGGUCGGGCGCAUCAUGAUCAGCAACGAAACGAUCACGAGACGGCGGAACGAAAUAUACAACGCGAUGAAAAAUAUCGAUAAGCUGUUCGGUAGCAAGAACGGUCUCAAGGCGGAAGCAUUUAAUCUGUACGGUAUGUUCGAUGGUCGAAGCGAUGUGUUGUUUAACGACAGGACCGAAAGUCUUCGCAACUGGCAGGAAAUGAUGCGCGACAAGAGUGAUGGCUUCUUUGAGCCAGGGGGCGAGAGUCAGAUGCAUAAUUAUUGAAAAAAAAUCAAAAUGCUAGCCACUAGCAACGGUCUAAGGAUGGAGAUUAUAACCGAACCGUGGUUUCCAGAGGUCAUACAGCAUCUUCGUCAAACCUUCUUUGCCGAUGAACCAUUGAACAAGGCCGUAAACCUAUGUCGUCCCGGUGACGGGCAUACGCUGCUCGAAAAACACAGCCUCUCGAGCCUUCGUGACGGUAUUAGUGUCAUGGCAAUCACAAACAGUGGAGAGAUAGCUGGAGUCGUCGUUAAUGGGAUUCUACAUGGCAACGAAGAUACGGGCCGUGCAUUGGACCGGUUGGCCGAGAUGGAUGAUGAAAAAUUCCGAAAAAUUUUCACCCUUCUGUACGAGGAAAAUCUCAAGAUUGAUCUGUUUGAGCAAUUUUCGGUGGAGAGCAUUUUUGAAAUUCGUAUCCUGUCGGUUGACUCAAAAUUUCGAGGUCAAGGGUUGGCCAAAGAGUUGAUGAGAAAAAGUGAGGAAGUAGCUCGCACUAAUGGAUUUCGGAUAAUGAAAACCGAUGCAACUGGCAUGUUUUCCCAACGUGUGGCAACUUCCCUCGGGUUCGUCACCAGACACGAGGUAAAGUAUGACGACUAUGUCGACCAGGAUGGCCAUCCAGUGUUUCAUGUCGGGGAGCCACACGAUCGAUUAAAAAUUAUGUACAAAGCAUUGUGUUAAAGCCAGUUCCGGUGCCGACGUUUGCUCACAUAAGUCGAACCGCAAAAGAACCAAAACGGCAACAAUGAAACACUCUUUUACACACAUACACAAAUCGUUGUUAUUAUCGAGCUGUUAUUAUCAGUAAUGUGUUAUUUAUGUGUCGUGUGAAGUAAUACGGUAACAAGGAAGCAAUUUUUGUGUCAUAGGCACAAAAAACAACAACAUAUAAUACUAUCCAAAAUGCAAUGUUUAUGUAUUGAAAUGCAAGUAUACCAAGUACGGUGUAUAGAUACCGGAUAUACAAUGGCUACUCUAUAAACGGUGUUAUUUGUGCGAAACCGAGCGUCAUAACUCCAAAAGUCAACUACACAAAACAAGGAUCAGCACAGUAUGAAAUACGAAACCAUCCAAUAUGAUAGAUUGUCGGUUUGUUCCCUGAAACUGACUGCAUAAUUUUAUACAACGCAUCGUCUCGAAACUUUAUCCAAUUAUUUUACGUAUCAUACACUUUGUUUAGACUUAGUUAACGAUAAGUUAAUAGGUAAUCUCCCGUACUAGUUAAUAUCAUAAAGGACAAGUGAAUGCGUAGAAACAAUGCGACAAUAACGGGAUUGUGGAGGUACAAAGAAUACAAAACAGAAUAUCACAUUUUGUGUCAUUCAUGCAUGCGUAGGUACCUUUUAAUUUACUGCAUAAGUUCCAACAUUCCAAUUUGCUAGUUAAGGAUACCGAUAAUGUUUUGAUAAUGUUAUUAUAUGUAUAUGGAUAAUAUAUGUAUGACAUAAACUAAAUACACCAAUGUGCAGAAUGGAAAUAAAAAAUAGAUAACCAUAA